AGUGUAUUAGAUUCCACUCUUUUAUUUUAUUUUUUCAUUUUAAUUUGUGUCAGCAGUGAUGUGACAGUGAGCUGUGUGUUUUGUUUUCAUGCUGGAAAGGACUAUGUGGAAUAUUGUCCUGCAAACAACCUGACGCUCCAGACACAAGGAUGUCUUGGCCGGCUCUGUACGCUCAGCUGGUCGGCGCGAACCGUCACUCCACCAGCCUGGGUAAAGUCUGGCUCUCUGUGCUCUUCAUUUUCCGGGUCAUGGUUCUGGUUGUUGCUGCCGAGAGCGUGUGGGGAGAUGAGCAGUCUGACUUCACCUGUAACACACUACAGCCCGGCUGUGAAAACGUCUGCUACGAUCAGUUCUUCCCCGUCUCCCACAUCCGUCUCUGGUGUCUUCAGCUUGUCUUUGUCUCCACGCCAACACUCCUGGUUGCAAUGUAUGUGGGCUAUAGGAACCACAGGGAUAAGAAGAGGCUGCUGCAGGGUUCUGGCAGAUCUGGUUUCCUCGGCAACAAAGGUCAGGAGGACGAGUUGGAGACUCUGAAGAAGCGGAGACUCCCUAUCGCCGGCGCCCUCUGGUGGACGUACGCCUGCAGCCUGGUGUUCAGGCUGCUGUUUGAGGGAGGCUUCAUGUACGCCCUGUAUGUAGUGUACGACGGUUUCCAGAUGCCACGGCUGGUGCAGUGUGACCAGUGGCCGUGUCCUAACCUGGUGGACUGUUUCAUCUCUCGCCCCACUGAGAAAACCAUCUUCACCGUUUUCAUGGCAACCGCCUCGUCCAUCUGCAUGGUCCUCAACAUGGCUGAACUCGCCUAUCUCGUUGCCAAGGCUGUGACUAGGUAGAGGUAUUAAUCAGUCAGACAGUCAGAACAUAUAGAAAUUCUUUAAGUCCACGUCCCUCCUUCUCUUCAGGGGUCUCAGCGGUCAGAGGGAGAGGAGGUCAAGCAGUAACUCCAGAAGCAGAGAGAGGACGUAGAACUAGACCAACCAGGAGUUACUUGUCUCGACCUGAAGACGCAGCAACAAGGUGGAUGACACACGCAGGAGAAAGACAUUGAUCCAAAGACUUAAAACACUUAAAGGCUGCAUAAUUACAAGAGGAGCACACGUGAAUGACGCUUAAAUACAGCAGAAAGUGGACAUUUUCUAUGAUACCUGAAUGUAACAUUUAACGGGUGGAGAGGAUGUCAACAACUCAAAAGUGUAUUUUUACACGAUGCUGUUUGAGAUUUUAUGUCAGUAAUUUGUUUUUGAUAGUAACUUUCCUUUAGUAGAGUUGUAUAAUUGAAAUAUGUAGUUACACACACACACAAUAUAUUCUAAUGUAACAGGGGUAAAAAUAGACAAGGAAAAAUUGUGCUUUUAAAUUCAUGGUGCUGUAGGACUUUAGGGCUAUUAUGCCAUCUAUUGGGGAGCAAGAAAACAGCAGCUACACACACACACACACACACACACACACACCUACAGUAGAUACAUAUAUACAGAAGAGUUGUCUGUAUUUUUUAUUUUAAUAACAAUUCACUGAAUAUAAAUGCACUCACCAUCUCUCACUUUACUUCCACAAAUAAAGUUUCAUCUUAUAUUAAA